AAUAAGUCACGAUACGACAAUAAAAGAUAAUCAAAAGGCGUGAUUCUUUUGAAUCCAAGACCGCUUACAAUAAUAGAAGAAAAUUUAGACAACAGUCAAGAAUUGGAGUUAUCAGAGAUAAUGGAGCUUCUGGAUGGUCGAUGCAAUGACGAGGAUGAAUACGUAGUUAAAGGCGAAAGGUCCGAUUGUGUACCGGAACCCAAAGGCUUGGGGUACGAAUUCUUCGAAGUAAUGUCUAGAUAUCGCCUGCUGAGGGCACAGGUUGACGCAAUUUCGGGAAUGGGGGAUACCUACGGAAGUCUUUUGGAGCGCAGUGUCGCAACGGCGAUCAAGAUGCGUAAGAUGGGAAUAAAGUCCAAGGAUGUGAUAACGGUCUGCGGCGUUAACCACCUCAAUAGUUGCGUGCCGAUAAUCGCGGCGCUUUUCGUCGGGGCGGUACCUGCGUGUCUGGACCCACUGUGGCCCAAACCGGAAAUUACUCGUGUCCUUAACUUGGUAAAACCUAAAAUUGUGUUCGUCGAUCAAGCCUUAAUUGAAGUUGUGGAAGAUGCUCUCUCGCAAACGAAUGCUGACGCAACCACCGUCACUUUUGGAGAUUCGGAGAAGUACGCCGAAUUUAAACACUUUGUCGCCGAAAAACCAGACGUCGAUUUCCACCCGUACGAAACCAGCGACAACCGCGAAACAGCAUGCGUCUUCUUCAGCAGUGGCAGCACUGGUUUUCCACAAGGGAUCAGUUUGAGUCACCGAGCCCUGCUAGGUCAAGCAAAUGUCCUCGUAUCUUCGGGCUUAUGUUUCGACACGUCGCUGUCCUACGCGACCCAAAAUUGGAUUUCUUCAGCAGUCACUUUUUUCCCAACCAUUCUAGCAGGAGGAUGUCGAGUGAUAGUACCCGCCUUCGCGCCGCAAGGCUUCUGGGAACUUCAAGAGCGAUUUUCGGUUACCUUCUCCGUUUUUUCCUCAACCCAAGCGAUCGCUUUGGUUAAACACGGACGACCAAACGGAGUCGACACCUCCCACCUACGCGAUUUAUUAAUUGGAGGCGCCUUACUGUCGGCACACCAUCUGCAAGCGUUACGCGAACUAUGCCCAAGUACUAACUGCAGUAUCGCUUACGGUCUGACGGAGUGUUCGGGAAUUGUGAUAACUUUCAACAGGCUUAGUCGGCGAGAGAUCGCGCUGAUGUACGCAAAACCGGGAUCCUCAGGUCUGAUAUCUGCAGACUUCGCGUGUAAGAUUGUCAAUCCACGCACUGGUGCGACUCUGGGUCCCAAUCAAAAUGGAGAAUUGUGCAUGAAAAGCGAUUACGUCAUGAACGGCUAUUACGGCAUGGACUCAAAGGAGAGUUUGUACCCCGAUGGAUGGCUAAGGACUGGGGACCUCGGCUACUACGACCAAGAUCGCUGCUUCUACAUUCUGGGCCGGCUUACGGAAACGUUCAAGUUUAAAGACUAUGACAUUUCACCCGCGCUAAUCGAAGGCACUUUGGUGACUCAUCCACUAAUCCAGUCAGCGAUCGUUAUCGGGAUACCCGACGAAGAAAGUGGUAAUCAACCGCUUGCGGUCGUUUGCGUCACGGAGGGGUGCCGUAACGUUGGCGAGGAAGAAGUUGUCAAGUACGUCGAAGAACGAAUGCCCGACCAAUACCGGUUGAGGGGUGGCGUGAGAUUUGCACGUGCGCUUCCUUUUACCACUACAGGGAAGCCAAGAAAAGCUCACUUAACGAAAUUAAUACUGAGCGGGAAAUUUAAUUUUUUCUCAGUCGCACCUGGUAUAUAAAACUUUGUUUCAAGGGUGCUGAACCUUUCGUCACACUAUCUGACGUCAUAUCAAAAUUAAG